GAGGAGGCUCGCGUGGCUCUUUGGUUGGAUUCUCACAUGCACGUAAUCUUAAAAUUUGUGUUAUUCGAUCCUGCGUGAUUUUUGAAAAGUCACAUUCGACAUGAAGUGCUAAGGGAGGGCAGUAGCGGAUCGGAGGAAGAACGAUGAUCUGUGAUUGACUUGUAUGCCUGGAAAGAGAGAGAGAGAGGGAGCACGAGAGAGGGAGAGAGAGUGAUUCGAGCAGAAGUUUCCUGCUGGAUGACACUCGCGCCCCCAGAACUCCGAGAGACGCCAAAGGCUGCAGGUCCAACUUUUUUGUUGUUGUUGUCCUUUUGGUUUUGCAUUCUAGAACCAUGCGUGUGUUGAGUCCUCGGCGACGCGAGUGCAAGCAAGUUCUGGCGCGGUUCUAAGAGUGUCGGUGCGGUGGGCUCUCAAAGAGGAGACCAUCUCGGCAGGAGGGGAGGAGGGGUGCGCGAGAAGGAUGACUUUAGGGACGGAUAUGUCCGACAGCUCUGCAUUGUCCGAUGAUGUGGACAUUGACGUGGUCGGGGGGGAUCUGUCCGUCGGGAAGGACGGGAAGUACCUGCGCCACGAUUUCAACCUGGACUCCGAUGAUAAUUACUCCCAGAACGCCGAGGAAGGGGCGUCCUCGCCGGGCCUGAGCAGCUCCGACUGCCCGGCGGAGCAGAUGGGAAUCGGCGCCGAGGCCGGGGCGGUUCUGGUGGGCGAAAAAGCAAGGAAAAGCGCCCUGGUGAAACCCCCUUACUCCUACAUCGCGCUCAUCACCAUGGCCAUCCUGCAGAGCCCCAAGAAGAGACUCACCCUCAGCGAGAUCUGCGAGUUCAUCAGCAACAGGUUCCCCUACUACCGCGAGAAGUUCCCCGCUUGGCAGAACUCCAUCCGGCACAACCUCUCACUCAACGACUGCUUCGUGAAAAUCCCCCGGGAGCCCGGCAACCCCGGCAAGGGCAAUUACUGGACGCUGGACCCGGACUCGGCGGACAUGUUCGACAACGGGAGCUUCUUACGCAGGAGGAAGCGCUUCAAGAGGAACCAGGGCAACGAGAUCCUGCGGGACGCCGGGGGCUUCCUCCCCGGCUUCGGAUACAGCCCGUACGGAUACAGCUACGGACUUCAGCUGCAGAACUUUCACGCCGCGCACAGCCCGUACCAGCCGCACCACCAUCCGCACGCGGGGGGGUCCUUCCCGUUCCCCAACUCGCCGUGCACCUUGCCCUCGCCCAUCUUCCCCGCCGGGCCCCCUCCUUUGCCCGACCUGAGGAAGCCCUUCUACCCGUCCCUGGCGCCGGUCAAGACGGACUCGAGCGCCCCGAGUCGACCGUCCUUCUCCAUCGACAAUAUCAUCGGCGCGGCCAACACCGCCGCGUCGUCGUACGGCUCGCAGCCGGCCGGGCAGGCGCACAUCCUGGCCAUGCUCAGUCCGGCUUUGGGCUCGGCUUCCAACCACUUGAGCCUGGCGCAAGACUUGUUACAGCCCGGCACGCACGGGCAGACUUUCCCCAGCAAAAACUUGAACACUUGCCCUUUCUGAAGAAAAAUAAUAAUAAUAAUACCGCCCUGAACUGAACGUAUUUUUCUUACGAAAAAGCCAAAUGUGGUGUGGUCCUAUAUGUGAAGGUAGGCUGAACGUUAUUGGGGGAGGAGGGGGGUGGUAAGUAUUGUGUUUUGACUCCAUAAGAGGGUUUAUUUAUGCUUUGUAAAUAGGUGCAUUUGAAAAAGCAACGGAUUCAUUUAAAACAGGCCCAUACGCGGCCUCCAUUUUGUGUUGUAAACGAAAAUAACACUUUAAAAUUCAACGUGUCACCACGAGGAGUGGGUUUUAACAUUUUUACGUUACAUUUUGUGUUUUUUUUAAUAGCGUUGCCACCACGCAUGAAACAGACAACUCAGGUUUUAAACUUAGAAAAGCAAAGGAAAAAAAUAGCAGCCCCCCGCCCAAAAAAAAAAUCUCCCGUACAAAGUGAUUUUGGUUGUUUUAAAUUGUCAUUGGUUUAAAAAAAAUAAGCACAUUACCUCCAUUCGAACUUGUUUCAUGGUUGUAUUUCACAUACAGUUUCAUGUCAUGUGUUGCCGAUAGAAAAAGACAAAUGUUCAUUAUAGGUCAUUUUUUUGGGGCUGUAAUGACAAAAAUAAUAAAUGUUUUGUGGAUUUGAAA